CUGUCAAUUCCUUUUCUUGCAAGCUCUCUUGUUUCACAGUCGCAGAUCGAAUCUGAUCAAAUUCCCAAUCAACCCUCCCUCCCCAAUCUCCUUUCUCCUCGUUCCUCGCAGAUCCUCCCUCCUCUUCCGCCGCUGCGCUGCCGCCCUCGGCGUUUCCUAGUCCUCCCUCUCUUCCGCCAGAAACGUAGAAGGAGGAGGAAAGCUGGUGGAAAGGCGCGAAAAAUGCUGAAAUUCCUCAAGGGAGUGGUGGGUGGAUCUGGGGCGGGGCUCAAGGAUCUCCCUUACAACAUCGGCGAGCCUUACCCUUCCGCCUGGGGCUCUUGGACUCACCAUCGCGGCACCUCCAAGGAUGACGGUUCUCCAGUGUCAAUCUUCUGCCUCUCUGGAAGCAGUGCACAGGAUGGACAUUUAGCAGCUGGUCGUAAUGGGGUUAAGCGUCUUCGAACUGUUAGGCACCCUAACAUUCUAUCCUUUCUUCAUAGUACCGAGCUUGAAACUGUUGAUGGCUCGAUGUCCAGGAUUACUAUAUACAUGGUCACUGAGCCAGUUAUGCCACUUGCUGAGAAGAUCAAGGAACUUGGUCUGGAUGGCACACAAAGGGAUGAGUAUUACGCGUGGGGGCUGAACCAGAUAUCUAAAGCUGUCAGCUUCUUGAAUAAUGAUUGUAAACUUGUUCAUGGUAAUGUUUGCUUGACCAGCGUGGUUGUCACACCGACCUUGGACUGGAAGUUGCAUGCUUUUGAUGUCCUAUCAGAAUUCGACGGGAACAAUGAAAAUGCAAAUGGGCCUAUGCUGCAAUAUGAAUGGAUGAUUGGAGCACAAUACAAACCAAUGGAGUUGGUGAAGUCUGAUUGGGUUGCAAUCAGAAAAUCUCCACCUUGGGCUAUUGAUGCUUGGGGUUUGGGCUGCCUUAUCAAUGAACUCUUUUCUGGUACGAAAUUGGCAAAGACGGAGGACCUACGCAGCACUGCAGCCAUUCCUAAGUCUUUGCUUCAUGAUUAUCAACGACUAUUGAGUUCUAUGCCUUCUCGCAGGAUGAAUGUAUCAAAACUCAUUGAGAAUGGCGAGUACUUCCAGAAUAAAUUGGUGGAUACCAUACAUUUUAUGGAAAUUCUUACCCUGAAAGACAGUGUUGAAAAGGAUACAUUCUUCCGAAAACUUCCUAAUUUAGCAGAGCAGCUCCCACGUCAAAUCGUACUUAAAAAGUUGCUUCCUUUAUUAGCUUCUUCCCUGGAAUUUGGCUCUGCGGCUGCCCCUGCUUUAACUGCAUUGUUGAAGAUGGGCUCCUGGCUUUCGGCUGAAGAAUAUACUCUCAAGGUGUUGCCAACAAUUGUAAAACUUUUUGCCUCCAAUGACCGUGCUAUUCGAGUUAGUCUACUUCAGCACAUUGACCAAUAUGGGGAGUCAUUAACUGCACAAUUAGUUGACGAGCAGGUUUAUCCUCAUGUUGCGACAGGGUUUUCUGACACAUCCGCUUUUCUUCGUGAACUGACUCUUAAAUCCAUGCUUAUCUUGGCUCCUAAGCUUUCUCAUCGAACUAUUUCAGGCUCCCUUUUGAAGUAUCUGUCAAAGUUGCAGGUUGAUGAAGAACCUGCAAUUAGAACAAAUACCACCAUAUUGCUUGGAAAUAUUGCAAGCCACAUGAAUGAAGGGACAAGGAAGAGAGUUCUAAUAAAUGCUUUUACGGUCCGUGCGUUGCGUGACACUUUUUCUCCUGCAAGGGGGGCAGGAGUAAUGGCUCUGUGCGCUACUAGUUCUUAUUAUGAUGCUACCGAAAUAGCAACUCGGAUCCUUCCAAGUGUCGUUGUACUCACUGUUGAUCCUGACAGUGAUGUUCGGGCAAAGUCAUUUCAAGCUGUUGAGCAAUUUUUGCAAAUUGUAAAGCAAUAUCAUGACAAGGCAAGUUCAGGAGAUGAUGAUAUGACCAUUGGAAUGUCAUCUAUUCCAGGAAACGCUGGUUUGCUCGGAUGGGCUAUGAGCUCUUUGACCCUGAAAGGCAAGCCUUCUGAACAAGCAGCUCCACUUGUGCCAGCAAAUUUGGCCGCUCCUCUGACUUCUGCUGCCUCUAAUGCCAGCUCUGUGAUGGAUACACAUAGUACAGUGUCGGAUCGUGCAAUGUCUAGCAUGGAUUUUGCUGAUCAACCAGAGCCUGGGUCACCGACUUCAACUGAUGCUGAUGGUUGGGGGGAAAUCGAAAAUGGAAUUGGCGAAGAUCAUAACGUUGAGAAGGAUGGUUGGGAUGAACUUGAACCACUGGAAGAGCCAAAGCCAUCCCCGGCUCUUGCAAGUAUUCAAGCUGCUCAGAAACGGCCUGUUGUUCAACCAGUGUCACAGGCAAAACAGCCAGCCACAAGUUUGAGACCAAAAACAACGGCGAAGCCACCAAGAGAUGAAGAUGAUGAUUUGUGGGGAUCAAUAGCAGCUCCUGCUCCAAAAAUCGGAUCAAAACCGUUGAAUACUAAACCAAGUGCUUCUUUCGACAACGAUGAUCCAUGGGCUGCCAUCGCUGCACCUGCUCCCACCACGCGGGCAAAACCAUUGUCGCUUGGGAGAGGACGAGGUUCCAAAACUACUGCACCGAAACUAGGCGCGCAGAGGAUAAACCGGACAGGGUCGUCGGGUGGUAUAUAAUUUAGUAACUCGGCAGCAAUCGCGUGAUCGACCCUUAUCGAAUGGUAGUCGUGUACGUCUUUUUUGGUCUCCACCUUAGCGACUGGUCCUGUUAAAAUUACGAAAGUGCUGGUCGCCCGUUACUUUGUAUAAUUUUCUUCGAACAUUUGAGUGGUAACAUCAUUCUUUUUUCUACCCUACAGAUGGUAUACAGGAAAAGUCAAUGCUGUAGAACAAGUGCUUUAAUUGAACAGGGAAGUCUUUCUUGUGUUGUCGUAUAGAACUAGAUGAAGAGUAUGGUCGGCAGUGUUCAGAUAUACCACUUGUAAAACUGAGCUGUGUUUUUCGUGUACUCUUCUGAAGACGGUAAUGGUUUUGAGAGGGUUACAAAUACACAAAAAUGUUUGAGUUGCACUACGGUAGAAAGUAAUCUCAAAUCUACCCGUCUACUAUUGUGAUAAGUAUAUUUGUGUCCCAUACAAAUUAGCAGUUUGUAUGCACAUACAUUUUGAAUUUUUAAAGGUUGUCAACUCG